UUUUUUUAAUUAUUAAUUAGGUGGUGGAAAGAUUUGGAUUUUGCAACAAAACUGCCAUUUGCACGCAAUAGAAUAGUUGAAGCAUUCUUUUGGAUAUUGGGAGUAUAUUUUGAGUCUCAAUAUUCUGUUGGUAGAAAGAUAAUGACCAAGGUGAUAUCAUUGGCCUCGGUAAUUGAUGAUAUAUAUGAUAAUUAUGGUACAAUAGAAGAACUACAACUUUUCACUCAAGCAAUUCAAAGGUGGAAUAUCACUUGCAUGGAUUUUCUACCAAAAUAUAUGAGAUUUUGCUAUAAAGCCCUUUUGAAUGUUUUUGAAGAAAUGGAGCAAGAGAUGGUCAAAGAAGGAAGAGCUUUUUGUGUAAUAUACGUCAAAAAUGAAAUGAAAAGAUUGGUCCAGGCCUACUAUACCGAGGCCAAGUGGUUCAGUAACAAUUAUAUACCAACAAUGGAAGAAUACAUGGCACUUGGAAUAGUAAAUUCUGGCUACUAUCUAAUGACAGCAACAUCCUUCAUUGGAAUGGGAAGCAUUGCUACAGAAGAAGUUUUCAAAUGGUUAACUAAUAACCCAAAAAUUGUUAAUGCUUCAUCAAUAAUUGCCAGACUCAUGGAUGAUAUUGUUUCCAAUGAGUUUGAGCAGAAGAGAGGGCAUGGUGCCUCUUCUAUUGAGUGCUACAUGAAUCAACAUGGUGUAACUAGAGAAGAUGCAAUUCAUGAACUUUCAAGACAAAUUACAAAUGCUUGGAAGGAUACCAAUGAAGAACUUCUUGAUUCAACUGAUGUGCCAAAGCCUAUCCUUAUGCGAGUUCUCAAUUUAUCACGUGUCAUUCAUGUGCUUUAUAAAGAUGAAGAUUGCUACACUAACUCCCAAGGAUCAACAAAGAAUGAUAUAAUAUCUAUCUUGUUGAAUCCAUGCCCAAUAUGACAAAAAGGACUUUGCUUCUAUUAGAGAAAUUUUUAAAAUAUUUAUUUGAAAAAUUGAAAAGAUUAAAUUAAUUUUAAAUAAAGUAAUUUAACAUGUAAUGUGUGAUUGAUGUAAUGGUCGUGGCUUUUAAAGUGUAA